AUGUUUUUGAAUAAGACCCUGGAUACUGUAAGCACACUAGCAGAUGUUUCUGCAUUCAAAGUAGAUAAAGGUGAAAUCACUAUAUUUGAAAUAGAUGAGGAUAAAGUCACUGCAUCUGAAGUGGAUUGUGAUACUAAUAUAACUGAAACAAAUAAAUGUAAAUUUACUGCAUCUGAAAUGGAUAAAGAUGGUACUAUUGAAGCUAAAAUAGAAAAAGGUAAAUCUACCACAUUUGAGGCUGAUAAAGAGAAUUUGAUUAAAGGUUUACAACUUCUUCAAAUUAAAGAGAAAUAUAAUAUCUCAGAAAUAGUAUUUAAUGAAAUUCUUAAAGUUUUAGAAAUUUCUGAUGUUUCUCUUUAUAAACUUCAAAAAUUCCUUAGAAAUCUUAUACCACUAAAACCAACAUUUGUAGAAUGUUGUAUUAAUUUAUGUAUAGCAUUUACUGAUGAAUAUAUAAAUAAGAAAUUCUAUCUAAAAUAUUCAUUUCAGAUGCAAUAUAAAGAUAAAUUCCAUGCAGAAAUUCUUCAUUACAGAUAUAAUUAUAUUUCAACAUAUGAAUAUAGACUUGGUAAUCAAAUAAAUGAUAUAUUUGAUGGCCUUUGA